AUGGUAAUGUACGAAAAUGUCUAUGGCUUCAGUCAAAGUUGUGAUUUUCGUAGCGCAACUCUCUUUGCAAAUGAAGCACCUGACCCGGCCCUCCAUUACCUUGGUGUCGAUUUCGCACUCAACGCUUUGUCCGUGGCUGCAGAAGGGGCAGAAAAUCCUGUUACUGCCAAGCAGAAACAAGAAGCAGACAAGUUAGAGAGGUAUCGAAAACAGAUAGGGGUUCCACCUCCUGUUCCUGCCACUGAGGAGGAGAAUGAUCACAAAGGGCCUUCCAAAAGACCCAUGUAUCAUCACAAGAAGAAGAAGUGUAUGAGGACAAAUCGGAAAAUUCAAGUUGGGAAUGUAGCGGAGGAAAAAUCACUUCAAGUUGUGCAUGAGUACUCUGUGGAAGAGAUUAGAAUCGUAGAAGAUGACAAAGGCAAUGAAUGGGAUCCCUAUAGUUGGGAGGAUCAGGCACCAAUCUCUAGCGGCACAGAGAAGCUAAGAGAAACUGAGGUUGAGGUUGAGGUUGAAGUUGACACGAAGAAAGAUGCUGAUGUGGAAGGACCGAGUUCAGUUUCUGCUGUUGAAGAGAGUGAAGAAGAGAACUUUCUGCGUUCGCCGAUUUGCUGCGUUAUGGGGCAUGUUGAUGCUGGUAAAACCAAGUUGCUGGAUUGCAUCCGCGGCACGAAUGUUCAGAAAGGUGAGGCUGGUGGUAUUACUCAGCAGAUUGGUGCAACUUAUCUUCCUGCUGAGAACAUACAAGAGAGAAUCAAGGAGCUGAAAGCUGCUGAUGAUAAGCACAUGAAGGUACCGGGUCUGUUGCUUAUUGAUACCCCAGGGCAUGAGCCAUUCACUAAGUUACGGUCACGGGGUUCUGGUUUGUGUGACAUUGCUGUUUUGGUUGUUGACAUUAUGGAUGGCUUAAAGCCUCAGACUAUAGAGUCACUCAAUCUUUUGAAGUCAAGGAAUACAGAAUUCAUUGUUGCAUUGAAUAAGGUGGACAGACUCAACGGGUGGAAGCCUUGUCCAAAUGCACCAAUUAUCAAGCCAAUGAAGCAGCAAUCUCAGGAUGUGAAAAAUGAGUUCAAUAUGAGAGUCGUGCAGAUUGUCACUCAGUUCAAGGAGCAGGGGAUUAAUACUAAAUUGAACGUCGAUGAGAACAAACGGAUGAGGGAAACAUACAGCAUUGUACCUAUUAGUGCCAAGAGUGGUGAAGGCAUCCCAGAUUUGUUGUCGCUGAUGGUUUAUUGGACCCAGAAAUCUAUGACAGAGAAACUGACUUACAGCAAUGAAGUGCAGUGUACAGUGUUGGAGGUCAAGUAUGUUGAAGGCCUUGGGACAACAAUUGAUGUUAUAUUGGUUAAUGGGGUGCUUCGCCGUGGAGAUCAAAUAGUUGUUUGUGGUAACCAUGGUACUCCUAUUGUUACUAGGAUUCAAUCUUUGUUGACCCCAGAGCCGAACACGGUACAAACCGGCCAAACUGGUCGAAACCGACUGGUAAAUAUGGUUUGGUUAAGAUUUUUUAGCGUUAAAAUAUGA